AUGAACCCCCUCUUAGCGCGGGACUACGAGGUCCCGAAGAAGCCCAUUUUCCGUCUCGAGGGCAGAACAGUGGUGCAGAGCACUGAGGCGUCCGCCUUCGUGCCAAACAGCAUCACUGAUAGUGUCAUGUACAGCACCAACGGUCACCUUGGUCUGCGGCACCUGAGCGAGGUGGAAAGGGUUGGCUUCAAGACGGAGGUUCUAAUGAAUGGCAUCUACCACGAGGAGCCGACGGACACUUGGGAGUUCAAGGGCAUUCCUCGCACUAAUCAGGUGGGGGCGAGUAUCUGCACGGUCGACUUCGACUGCAUGCUAGACGGUGAAUCAGGUACACUGUCGUCGAUUCCGCACCGAGAGCUGAACCUCGACGACGGUGCGUACCGCAGCAAGUGCUCCGACGUCAUGAGCGCCGAUAACGGCGUCAUCUUCGACACCAACUACAUGCGCACCGUCGCACUCAGCGACUUGAGUGCGUGGGGUGCGCAGGUGUGCUACACCGACUUCCGACUGAGUGACAUAGGUUCGCCAGCGUCUGUCGGCAGCGUCAGCAACGCCGGCUUGGACAAUGGUGUGAUGAGUUCCUCUGCGCCACACAGCUUUAGUAUGGAUAACAUGUCCGACAGGGCGCAGCAGACGCAUCAGUCGCUCACGAUUGACCGCCCCCAAGAAAGCCUGAACUAUCGGAUCGAGCUUGUCGUGCUCAUCUCCAUUAACCAGGAGUGCUGGGAUGUCGUCCACGAAGGGAUGGACCGAAUAUGCCAGUCCUCGCUGACCUCGGACAGUGCGGUGACGACGUUUACAGAGGUGAGCUGCGUGGUAAACUACGGCGACCGAUAUAGCCUCUUGCAAGCCGAAGUGCAGAGUACACCGUGGACUCGCGAUCCCGAAAGCGAUACGACAUCGCCGUUCUUGCGAGACCUGUACAAUGUGAACGCCAGUGGCUCCCGGGACGGCCUCAGUAGCUACAGCAAUAAGGAGGGCAAGGUGCACGGUAGAAGCGACCGGCAUGGUAGGGACACUUCCGCCUUUCGUCGACCAGACACGUGGAACUACCACGCCUUUCACAGCCCAAACAAAGCGCAGAGGUCUUACGUGAUCAGGAAGCGAUUCAUGCUGACGCUGACACCAGAGAGAGUGCCGGAUAGUGUUGUGCUGACCUUCCGUGCCUGCCACAAACGUGCAGUCACAGAGCAGCGGCUGCGAGCCCUGCCGACGGUCGAGGAGAUGAUUGCGGAUCAGAGGGCUGCGCUCGAACUGUUCUGGAAGACGUUUGACGCGGAUGUCAAACUACAGGAUGACCUGAGUCCCAGCCGCAGCUCGCUCCCCUUUGUGUACAACGCAUUCCGCAUGUUUAUGGUUAGCCACGGACUGGAGGGCGGGCUGUCGCGCUCUGGACUCUCGGCCGCCGGCGACGGGCUGCUGUUCAACUUGUCAGAGUACAUUUACUAUGGGUUGUACUACCUCCUCACCCAGCCGGAGGCAUGCCUGCUGCUGCUGAAGAGCGUAUACCACAUGUUACCGCAGUCGCGCGAGUAUGCGCGCGUCCUUGCUAUGAACCGUGGCGCCGUCUUCCCGCUGAAAACGAUCAGUGGAGUGCACUCAACGCAUCCCGCCAAUGUGAGCAAUGCUCGAUUCCACGUGAACGCUGAGAUUGGCUUUCUCAUUGCCCUCUACGAUGAUGCAUCGGAGAACAUCCCGGCCGAGGAUCGGCUGCUGCUCCUCGAACUGAUGAUGGAGUCGGCUCGCAUCUGGCCGCAGUGUGGGGAGUGGCAGGACGACCAUACCGUCUUCCGCCUCGAUAACAUUGCCGGUACGGAUGAGUACAAUAGCAAUGCCUCGGGCAACUUCUACGUCAACAUCUCCGCGCGGAGGCACAUCUCGUCCGCCUUCUCGUUUCUCGAUCGUCAACAAGGACAUCUCACCGAGGAGCAGCUGAAUAGCGUCUUUGCUUCGCUGAGGAUGACUCGGCAUGAGAUGGCUGAGCUGCAGGCUGUCGGCAACGGUAUCGUCGUGCCGCAGCGCCACGAGCGACUUGGAGUGUACAUGGUGCAUGACAACUUCGACACCUUGCUUGACUGGGGCAACGAUCGAGCAAGGCACCCCCUCCACCUGAAUUACCACCCCAUCCACAUCUACCGACGCAAACUCAUCGAUGUGCCGGAGGUGCUCCUUGGGAUGCUGCUCUACCCCGACGAGUUCGACCAGCGUGACUUUCGGCAAAACUUCGAGUAUUACCUCCCACUGUGCACGUUUGACUCACCCGAGUCGCUGUUUGUGAUGGUGCACGCGCUGUGCCGCGCGCGAUCGAGUUUCUCGCAGCCGAUGCCUCUUCUUCGCUCCUUGGCCAACAUUGACCUCGACAACAUUGUCUACUCCGCGGAGGGCGGUCUGCACUUUAGCGCGAUUGCGACGACGCUGCCGGGGCUCAUCUUCGGCUGCGGCGGGGUGCGACUUUCUCACAAGGGGCUGCAAGUGAACCCCAUCCUUCCAGCUAGGGUCGAGAGGUACUCCUUUACGAUCAAGUGGCGCGGCGCGGUGCUGCGGGUGUUGGUGGACUACGUGAACAUCACGUACGACCUCCUCUCCGGUGCGAGUCUGCGUUUCAUCCACGGCGCCCGCGGUGAGCGCAUUCACCUCCACACCGGGUUUGGCCACUGCCCCGAAAUUACGCACCUUGCUAUCCCGCGUACGAGGCUGAGCCAAGUGGCGCAGUUCGACGGCGUGGUGCUUCUCUCCGACUGCCUCUUCGACAACCUCCUUGAAUACAGCUACCGCUCGUGGUACAAGACGCUGGAGACGCUCUUCGAUACGUACCGGGUACUGCACAACCGCCCCAUCCCGCCGCUCACACCGGAGGAGUUUAUCGAAAAGGUCGUCUAUCAGUGCGAGGACGGCGAGAUUUCGUUUAGUGGCAUUGGUCAUAUCUUGCAGCGUCGUGGUGUGCACUUGGAGUUGGGCACGCCGGAAGAUGCCGAGAUCGUUGAGACACGGUAUGGCUUGGCGAAUGCGAAGGUGGCGGAGAUGACAGAGAUGGUACUCAUGACGCCGCCACCCGUCAAUCCUGGUCUCUUUUCCUUGCUCAAGUGCCUCGUGGAGAACGGCGUGACGCUGGCCGUGGUGUCGUACAGCCGGACGCUGAAGCAGCUGCUCGCCUCGAACCCGCAGUUGACACGUCUCUUCGUGGCCUCCAUCGACGGCGAGGAGGCGCACGAUUGGAAGAUCAAGGGACAACCUCACCUGGACUUGUACAUACGGGCCGCCGAGAAGAUCCAUGUCGACACGAGCCGGUGCCUCGUGAUUAGCCACCACCUGGACCGCGGAUUCAACGCAAAGGAGAUGUCGAGGUUCCGUAUGUUCAUCGAUGUCGAGGACCCGUUUGUGAGCUCGCGAUUCCCAAGCAGCCCGUACCCGACCUUGACACCAGAGGAGUCGCAGGAGACGGGCCGCUACAAUCCCGUCGUGUGCCGUCUGAAACUUUCACAGAUUCCGUCGACGAUCGACGAGCUGGAGGACCUGGUGGACGGUCGAAGUGUGUGA